CAUCAACCCAUCUCGCAAACACGCACGAGGGGCCACGCCACGAAACGGACUCCCUCGUCAUCGCAUCACAGCACCUCAAACACAGCUCGAGCCUGCCGCAGUAUGGCGUCCUCAUACCAAUACCGCAACUCAUACCACAACUCGUCUCAGAACAUUAGCGAAAAGUACGACGACGGCCGCCCGGCCACAUCCCGCCGCAACACACGCCUUAGGAGUAGCGACGGCACCGUCAGCACCACAAUGAGCUCUUCAACAGGCCGCGAGAGCGCCGCAACCCACGUCACCGAAGGUCCUGCCUAUUCCAAGAAGAUUGUCGUCGUCGGCGACGGCGGCUGCGGCAAAACAUGUCUCCUCAUCAGUUACAGCCAAGGCUACUUUCCAGAGAAAUACGUCCCCACUGUGUUCGAGAACUACAUCACCUACCCGACGCACCCACCGUCCGGCAAGACGGUGGAACUGGCGCUAUGGGACACGGCCGGCCAGGAGGAAUACGACCGGUUGCGACCGCUCUCUUACCCCGAGACUGACUUGAUCUUCGUGUGUUUUGCGAUUGACUGCCCAAACUCGCUUGAAAACGUCAUGGACAAGUGGUAUCCCGAAGUCCUCCACUUCUGCCCCUACACUCCUCUGGUCCUCGUGGGCCUCAAGUCCGAUCUCCGCUUCAAGAAAACGUGCAUCGACAUGCUCAAGACACAAGGCCUCACGCCCGUGACCCAGGAGCAAGGCCGCGCCGUUGCCCGCAAGAUGGGCGCCCAGUACGUAGAGUGCAGCAGCAAGGAGAUGACUGGCGUGGACGAGAUCUUUGAACAGGCCAUCCUGACGGUCGUCGCCAAUGAUCGGAAAAACCAAGAAGCCCAAGCCGCCGCCUCCCCGUCAACGCCUAGUGGUCCGCCCGGAAGCAGCGCAGGUUUCCCUGGCGUCGCUCUUAAGAAGAAGAAGAAGAGGAAUUGCAAGAUCCUGUGAGAUUCCUACUGAGGACCUCGGGGUUGUAACGAAGAGGCAUUGGACACCGGCGGAGGGCGUAAUGAAUGACUUUUUGUUUUAUCUGCAU